AUGAAGGGCUUGGUUGGAGGUAUCCCUCUCGCGCUGCUGGUGGCCGCCGUGGCCAAUGGACAAGCGGUUGGAAAGCGACACGCCGGUGGCCCAGGGACUGUCAUCGGCGGUCCCAGUGGCGAGGAUGGAGGGAACAGCGCUGGCAUCGGCUUUGACAGCACCUACUCCUCCACCGUCAACGAAGCGUACAAGGACGACCACUCGUUCGAUCUGAAGAACCAUGUCGUGACUCCUCCAUACCCUGCGAUGCCCGGAUUCCGCAAGAGAGGAGAUCGCGGUGGCGUCGCGAUUGGAGGCCCGUCCGGCAAUGAUGGUGGAAACAGUGCAGAUAUCGAAUUUGAUAGUGAUUACUCCUCCGCCGUCAACGAAGCGUACAAGGACGAUCACUCGUUCGAUUUGGAGAACCAUAUUGUCACUCCGCCGGUCCCUCCCAUUGCAGGCUUCCGCAAGAGGGGUGACCGCGGCGGUACCGCCAUUGGAGGCCCAUCCGGCAAUGAUGGUGGAAACAGCGCGGACGUUGAUUUUAAGAGCCUCUACUCGUCCGCAGUGAGCGAAUCGUACGAGGAUGACCACUCGUGGGAUAUCGACAACAAAAUCAUCACCCCUCCGGCGCCUCCCAUGCCUGGAUUCCGGAAGAGAGGCCACGGUGGUGGCACUGCCAUCGGCGGCCCAUCUGGUGCCGAUGAGGGUAACAGCGCAGGCAUCGGACUCAAUAGCAAGUAUUCAUCGACUGUGACGGAGUCAUACAAGGAUGACCAUUCCGUGGACAUCAAGAACCAUAUCGUCACUCCUCCCCCGCCACCAUUCGGGCACCCAGGAUUCCGCAAGCGAGGUGGUCGUGGCGGCAUUGCAAUUGGAGGACCUUCCGGCGAUGACGGUGGUAACAGUGCCGACAUCAAAUUUGAUAAUGACUAUCUGUCUGAGAUCAACGAGAGUUACAAGGAUGACCACUCAUUCGAUCUGGACAACAAAAUUAUCACGCCUCCUGCCAUUCCUGGCUUCCGGAAGCGAGGUGGCCGUGGUGGUGUUGCCAUCGGAGGCCCUUCCGGCGAUGACGGUGGUAACAGUGCCGACAUCAAAUUUGAUAAUGACUAUCUGUCUGAGGUCAACGAGAGUUACAAGGAUGACCACUCAUUCGAUCUGGACAACAAAAUCAUCACGCCUCCUGCCAUUCCUGGCUUCCGCAGGAGAGGUGAUGGAGGGAACUCGGUCGGUCCCAGUCACAAGGGGGAAGGGGAAGAGAAAGAGGAAAAGGAUGACACUCCCGGCGCCAUCCGUGGGCCUGUCGGGGAUGACGGCGGCAGCAGUGCUGAUCUUGACUUUGAUGACACUUAUACUUCCCGCAUCGACGAGUCCUAUGAGGACAACCAUUCCUUCGAUCUGAAGAACCAUGUGGUCACUCCACCCCAUAGGCCGAUGAUGCCUUUUGUGAAGCGUGUCGGCCCGACUGCGAUUGGAGGACCGAGUGGCAACGAUGAAGGGAACAGUGCCAACAUUGAGUUUGACAGUGACUACUCGUCCGUGAUCAAUGAAGACUACAAAGACGACCACUCGUUCAGCUCCGACAACACGAUCGUGACUCCGCCCGUCGUUCACCCGCCCCCGCUCCCACACGGCCCUGGAUUUGGCGGCAGCCCUGGCGGGCCCCCUGCCCCAGGCCUCGGCGGUGGCCCUGGUGGUUUCCCCGCUGUCCCGCACCCCUCCGCUCCUGCCCAGCCUCACGCCCCAGGCUUUGGCGGUAGCCCUGGUGGUUUCCCCGAGCUGGGUCAUCCUUCUGUCCCUAGUCAACCACAGAUUCCGGGAUUCGGAGGUGGCCCCGGCGGUCCCCCUGCGACUGGCUCUCAACCGCCGCAUACCCCAGGGAUCGGAGGCGGCCCUGGUGGACCCCCCGUUGCUCCGCACCCCUCCGCUCCUGCCCAGCCUCACGCCCCAGGCUUUGGCGGUAGCCCUGGUGGUUUCCCCGAGCUGGGUCAUCCUCCCGUCCCUAGUCAACCACAGGUUCCAGGAUCUGGUGGUCCCGGCGGGCCUCACGAGCCCGGGCACCCCUCCAAUCAUGCUCCUUCGUCAAGCAAGCCAUGCAGCACAGCGACUGUUCGUGAGACCAUCACCAGGGUCGUCACGGACGAUAAUCAUAAGCCAACCGCACCCGCUUUUCCUCAUCACCCGCCGCAACCGAGUGUUCCCUCCAUCCCAGGCCACGGCCUCAAUCCUAGCGUCCCAUCGGUCCCCAACCAUACGUCAGCACCGGUACCAACUGCUGUGUCGCCGACGGGCGAGCCGAGUGUCCCUGGCCAUGGACACCACGAUCCUGGGUUCUCCAAGCCCGAAGCCGCAUCUACGCCAUGCCCGACCCACAAAUCCGAGGGCUCUCACGCAGCGCCGAGUCACCCUGCUCAUCCUGUCCAUGAACCCGGAUUCUCGAAGCCUCCGGCGCACAACACUCCCUGCCCCAGCGGAUGUCAAGGCUCACACGUUGUGCCAACUGCUCCAUCUUACCCAGUGCAUCAACCCACCGUCGCUGCCCCGGAAGGUGGUGUUCCGAGCGCCCCGUCGUUUUCUAUCCCAACGGGCGGAUAUUCCAACCCACAGGGUUCUUUCGGAUCCCCCAGCUCUCCCUCGUACCCCGCUCACGUCUCUGUGCCCCAUUCUGGAGUCCACGCUGAGCCGUCAGCCAGCCACCAGUACGCCUCUACUUCGACGGUCACUGUGAGCCGUCCUUCGUCCUUCGCCGUGGUCCCUGUGCACGUCCCCAGCGCAGCGGCCUCGGCAAGCGCGACCACCCCCUUGCUCCAGCGCCCCAGCGCUGCUGACCCCUGGAGCAACCCGGACCCGUCGGUGUUCCCCCAUGCCAGGCCCUCGGCCACUCCCAGCUCCAGCCCGCUUUUCACCGGUGCUGCCGGCCGCCUUGUCCCAGCUGCGGGUGUCAUGUCCGCCGUCGCUGGUCUCGUGGCUGUGCUGGCCUUUGCCCUGUAA